CGACAGGUCCAGAAGAGAUACGCAACGAACAUGUCUGACAUUCCCCCAAUCAACGCGCUCUCAGGCAGCACCAUCUCGAAAUACAUGCUCGCAUCGUUCCCCGCCAACGCCUCCCCACAACUGCGCAACGCCUACGAUGCCAUCGCUCUCGCUGCACACGCUUCCAUGCUGGCUGUCGGCUUCCGACUAGUAGGACUCGGGGAGGAACACCGCGUUGAAGCAAGCUCAGACCACGACUCGCCGCAGCCUCUACCAACAGAAUGGAACGCAUCGAGUGGCAGCUAUGCCUUCCGCUACAAGCACGGCCAGAGCAGCAUGGAAUUCCUAGUGAAAGUCUCCAGAAUGGGCAACAAAGCCAUCAUCAUGGCCAUGGGAGUACCCGAUGAUCGGACACAUACUACAGAAGUGAAAGCGGACGAGUACGUCAGUGCUGGGAAUCUCCCGCUAGAGCUUGCAGAAGACCAGGAAAAGGACCAGAAAUCCGAUGCUAUAAUUUCAACUUUCAUCAACGUUGGUCGACUGAGCGACUUUGGAUCCCUCAUGCGAGUCAAGCUCAUUCAAAAGUUGGUGCCCAGUAUGCAAAAGGAAGGUUACGAGGAAACGCGCGAAGAAGAAGACCAGGCAGCGACAGGAAGCAGGCAACAGCCAGCACCCGGACGAGAAGGAAACCAGCCUCAAUAUGACCCGCUCCGAGAACAGCGAGAUCCACCUGCAAGGCCUUAUCCACUGCAAGAUCCUCUCGUACAGCCCAGAAGAGGUCCCCUUCCCGAUCCCAUGCCAGGUUUCGACGACGAAUACGAAGUGAAUGGCCCUCCACGAGGAAUGGGUCCACCCGGUGGUGGGCUAGGCAGAUUCGGCGAUCGCGAUCUCUACCCACAAGGACUCGGGCCGUACGACCCCAUGCGUGGUGGCGUCGGUCCUGGUCUCGGAGGCGGUUUCGGUGGCGGAGGCAUGCAUCCCACAUUCGACGACCCGCUCUUCGCUGGCCAAGGCCAACAAGGCGGACGUCGAGGACAAGCCCCGCCAGGUGCGAGAUAUGAUGAUCCAUUCGGCCCAGGAUCCGGAGGACAAGGCGGUGGCCAUCCUCGUGGAGCGGGUAUGGGUGGUAGACCACCCAACCCAUUUGGAGGAUUUGGCGAUGGUGAUUUCAUUUAAAAGAGCAUAGCAGCAGCAGCAGCAUGAACCUAUCUACUUUUCUCUUUAAGUUUGGAAGAGCAAAGUAGCAUAGUUUCUUUUUGUUUUGUUUUUGUACGAGUAGGAAAGGCGAUGAGAAGACGAGCAAUGCCAGCGACGAGACAACGACUCACGAACGAAGAAAGUAUUUGACGAAAAGGGCAUAGGAGACUUCCAGUAUCUCCAUCACAACAACAGUCCAGUGUCUUGUAGAUAGUUAGGUGCCUGUCAAUCACCAAGGUACUUUACAGAUUCC